CAACUUUUAUAGGACGACUAUACUAGAUUUCUAGUUAACCGUUUCAUUUCCAUGUUUAGCAAUAUCUGAUAUUAAAGCAACCGCGUGCAAGCACAAAAAAAAAUAUGGGACAAGGUGAAGAAGUUAAGACUAGAAAUGAUCCUCAAGUUGAAAUUCAGGAAAGAGGGGAGAUAUUUUUCUUCUACAGGCCUAAGGUAAACAGAGAAGAAGCUCACAGUGUUGAUGAUGUUCAAAGAAUGUACAUAGUUUUACGCCCUGAGUCCGGUGAAAGGACAGUGGAGGAGAAGCAAGCCCCUGAUUCUGGCAAAGAAGGUACGAAAUCUGGGCAUAGUCCUAGUUCGAGUCAUCACGAGGAUCAAGGUGAAAAGCAUCCUGAAGGCGGGCAUGGAAAAAAGGAAGUUAACAUAGAGAAACAACCACUUCUGCGAUUCAUUGUCACUGGACGAAAGAGUCUUCCUGAUCCUGGUAAGAAGAGUAGGCCUUUUUGGGGAUUUGUUGAAUUGGUCACCACGAAGAUUGAUGAUGUCAAGGAUGCUCUUCGAGGAGGAGAAUAUGAUACUGCUACAAGGGGACAUCGGCACAACCCCAAUGCAAGGGCCCUAGGAGAAGGUGUAUACCGCAUACUAAGGCACAAGUACUCUGAAAGAAAGAUGCACACUCAUUUGGUAUACAAGCUAGAACUACCCCCUGAAGACAAGAAAAAUGAACCUCAAGAAGAGCUCAACAUAGAGCGAGAAGGCUCUUUUAUCAUCCAGAUAAAGAGUCCAGAACAAGGUGGCGCGAGAUCUGAAUUCCAAGGGGUUGGAAACAAACGCAAAGCCGUGUUUCCAGCACACUUGCAAGGGCAGUUCGGAGGUAAGCGCUAUGUGCCAGCUGAUCCUCCUGAUUUUCUGAACUAUGAAGGGUGUGAGUUCCUUCUUAUAUCAGCAUCAGAUAACAUAGAGGAAGAACUGGGUUUGGAGCUUCACACCGAAACAGAAGUUCCAGACCCCAAAUGCUCAGAUUUGGUCAAGACUUUUGGAGCAGAUGUCACUCCAACCACUCCACUUUUUGAAGGUGCUUGGUGUUGAUGGUCUCAGACAACUCUCAGGCAUCUUGGUGUUUCUCUCGCUCGUAUAGUCGUAUCACAGACGUGUAAUUAUAGAAGCAAACGAAUGUAGAAUAAUUAGAAUGAAGCAAACGAAUGUAGAGUAAUUAGGAUGUCAUUUCAACUGGUGUAAAGUUCAUAUGUAUGCUCUAGUUUAAUUAUGACUUAUGAGGUUUUGUCAUUUGCCAUAUUGAGUGCAGCAGGAUUAUCAAGGAGAAUUGGCAGGUGUUAUGAGCUUUGUACUCCGUACUUAUUAUCGCCUUAAUAGAUCUAUUUCAGACA